GCGCUCCGGUUGGGCUCGCCUCUGCCUCGCCAGUCCCUUCUCAUGCUGCUGUCCUCGGCGUGAACGCGCGUGGUACCCAACGCUCGUGAAGAGGAGGAGGAGGAUGUGGCGCGCGGAGGGGAAAUGGCUGCCGAAAACAAGCCGGAAGGACUGAAGAAAAUCCGUAAUCCGGAUCGAAUGUACAGAUCAACCGUGUGUUAUUCGGGCCAUGCUGCUCCUAAGAGUGUCAGUGAUGACACAGAGACCAACAAUGAACAUGGACAUUUGAAAAUAUACCUGCCCAAAAAAUUGCUUGAAUGUCUACCAAAAUGCUCCACGUUGCCAAAAGAGAGACACAGGUGGAACACCAAUGAGGAAAUCGCAGCGUACUUGAUAACGUUUGAAAAGCAUGAAGAAUGGUUGACAACAUCCCCUAAAACAAGGCCACAGAAUGGGUCGAUGAUCCUAUACAACAGGAAGAAGGUGAAGUACAGAAAGGACGGCUACUGCUGGAAGAAAAGGAAAGAUGGGAAGACCACGCGAGAGGAUCACAUGAAGCUCAAAGUACAAGGAGUUGAGUGUCUGUACGGCUGUUACGUCCACUCCUCCAUCAUCCCCACCUUCCACCGCAGGUGCUACUGGCUCUUACAGAACCCAGACAUCGUGCUAGUCCACUACCUGAACGUGCCGGCCAUCGAGGAUUGUGGGAAGCCGUGUGGGCCCAUCCUUUGCUCCAUCAAUACGGACAAGAAGGAAUGGGCCAAAUGGACAAAAGAGGAGCUCAUUGGCCAGCUGAAGCCCAUGUUUCAUGGAAUCAAGUGGACUUGCAGCAAUGGGAACAGCAGCUCCGGCUUCUCUGUGGAGCAGCUGGUACAGCAGAUACUGGACAGCCACCAGACCAAGCCUCCUCCCCGGACUCACAACUGCCUCUGCACAGGCACGCUGGGCGCUGGGAGCAGCGUUCAUCACAAAUGUAACAGCGCCAAACAUCGCAUAAUCUCUCCUAAAGUGGGUGGCUACAGCAGCACCCACUCUGAGCUCCAGAAUAAUGACGUGUCAGAGGGCAAGACAGAGCACAGGAACAUCAGCAAGAACAGCGGAGGCGCCGGAGGAGGGAGUGUGCGCGAGAAACGAAAUGGAAAGGUGCACAAACCUGUGCUGCUGCACCAGAAUAGCACUGAGGUCUCCUCAACCAAUCAGGUGGAAGUACCGGACACGACCCAGAAUUCCCCUGUUUCCAUCAGCAGUGGGCUCAACUCUGACCCUGACAUGGCCGACAGUCCAGCGGUUACAGGCAUGGGUCACGUUGCCUCCGUCAUGAGCAGCCUGUCCCAGAGUGUCUUCAUGUCUGAGGUAACCGGGGACCCAGAUUACAGCAUGUCUCCCACUGGAGGCCCCAACGCUCAUAUUAUGGGCCCUGAUGCAACCUCGCACAGCCUGGUCUUAGCAGCCACCUCUGACACCCACAAGUUUGCCUUUCCUGGUAGUGGGAACCCAGAUGCGGGUGGUCCCGGAGCAGAUGGGCUGUCCAUGCUGUCUGCGUCCGGUGAGGAGCUUGUUCUCUCCAGCAGUUUAGACACAAGCAACAUGAAAAUCCCAGAAACCACAAUGAACUUCGACCCAGACUGCUUCCUGAAUAACCCUAAACAGGGCCAGACCUAUGGGGGAAGCAGAUUAAAACAGGAGAAUUGUGCGUCGAACGCCUCGUCUUCCUCGAUGGCUAGCACUAAUGGUUUGCAACACUCUCCGUCUGAUACAAACUACGGCUACAGUUCUGCGCUGGUGAAGAACAUUAAGACCGAGGACACUUCUUUUGAACAACAGCUGGCUAAGGAGGGAAGCUACCAGGUGGGGGCGGUAGUGAGCUGUAGUGUGUCCAGUGGUUCUGGCAGCCAAAACUCGCUCACCUUGACCCCCGCUUCCUCUCUGCUGCCAUCUGGAGGAGGUCUGAGUCCCAGCACAACCCUGGAGCAAAUGGAUUUCAGUGCUAUUGAUGCAAAACAGGACUACUCGUCGUGUGCCACUGCGGUUGGUUAUAGCCAGGCAAUGAAUAACUUAGCUCACCAGAACCGAUCGCCCGGCUUCUUCCUGCAAGACGCUCCUCAACCAGCCCAGACCCAGCAGGGUAGGCAGAGCCUCGUCCAAAAGGGUCACCUGUUGGAGCACAACUCGCCUGACGGGGCGUACAUGGGUCUGCAGGUUGUAAAGACGGAAUCACCUGGCAGUAAUGGCCACCAUCAUCACACCCAGCACAGAGCCAACUGCAAUGGGGGCUCACCCACCGAGGGCCAGGCGGGCUCCAUCCAACUCCUGCAGUACCAGGGAGGUUUUCCAGGUCUCGGUCCAGAGCACGAGGAAGUUGUCGGCAUGGAUCAGAGUCGCAGCGUGGGGUCCGGUCAGGCUGGGGGUGCGGAGAAUGGAGCAGACGGUUUACUGAAGUCAGGAGAUCAUUUACAGUCCUGCGGAGGAGGAGGUGGAGAAAACGGAGGAGCUGAGCACUUCAUGCAGCAGGCCUCUGAGAACGGAGCGGGGAGCGAGGCGGUGGCUAUGAGAAACAGAAACGGCACAGGCGUGUCAAACAACAACUCGCAACAGCAACUCCAGCCGCUCUUGCAGGGAGCCAAUUUAGUUCAGGGGCUCUACAACACUCACCAUGGGCUUAGUGGAGCGGGAGCCAACGGUGCCGGGGGCACAGGCAUGGAAAUCAGCCUGGACCAUUUUGACAUUUCUUUCGGAAACCAGUUUUCCGACCUAAUCAAUGACUUCAUCUCAGUGGACGGCGGAGCUUCAGCUGUGGGGGCCGCAGGAACAUUAUACACCCAUCAGUUGGUGGCCCCAACCGGGUCAGAUGGAACGGGCAACUCCGGUGGAAACCAACAGCAAGGUCAAGAAGACGCAAAUAAUAGGGCAGCAGGAUACAGUCCCUCAGAGCUCUGCCUGCAGUCUUGCUGUAGCCCUCAGACUUUGGGUGGAGGUGCCGGUGCUACGGGAGGCUCAGGAGAGACAGACUCGUUGACCUACAUGCAUGUGGCUGAGGUAGUGUCAGCAGCGGUGGCCCAAGGCACUUUGGGUAUGUUGCAGGCCACUGGACGACUGUUCAUGGUCACGGACUAUUCUCCGGAGUGGUCAUACCCAGAGGGUGGGGUAAAGGUGUUAAUAACAGGCCCUUGGCAGGAAGACAGCAGUAGCUACACCUGUCUGUUUGAUCAGAUCUCUGUCCCAGCCUCCCUCAUCCAGCCUGGAGUCUUACGUUGCUAUUGUCCUGCUCAUGACACCGGCCUGGUGACUCUGCAGGUAGCUGUCAGUAAUCAGAUCAUCUCCAACUCGGUUGUGUUUGAAUAUAAAGCGCGUGCUCUGCCCUCCCUGCCUUCAUCACAGCAUGACUGGCUGUCGCUUGACGAUAACCAGUUCAGAAUGUCCAUCCUGGAGCGUCUGGAGCAGAUGGAGCGCAGGAUGGCUGAGAUGGCCGGUCAGCAGCAGCAGGGCAGCGGAGGAACACAAGGAGGAGGAAAUGGAGGCGCUAAUAAUCAGUCUCAGCAAUGUGUCUCGGGUCAGGCGGGGAGCUCCUUUGAGAGUCGUGUGGUGGUUGUUUGUGAGAAGAUGAUGAACCGGGCCUGCUGGGCCAAAUCCAAACAUCUGAUUCACUCCAAGACCUUCAGGGGCAUGACCCUGUUGCACCUUGCUGCGGGCCAGGGCUACGCAACCCUCAUCCAGACUCUCAUUAAGUGGCGCACUAAACAUGCUGACAGUAUCGAUCUGGAGCUGGAGGUGGACCCUCUCAAUGUCGAUCAUUUCUCUUGUACUCCACUGAUGUGGGCAUGUGCUUUGGGUCACCUGGAGGCAGCAGUGGUUUUGUAUAAAUGGGACCGGAGAGCACUGGCCAUCCCAGAUUCCCUGGGCCGCCUGCCCCUCUCUAUCGCCCGCUCCCGCGGUCACACCAAACUAGCUGAAUGUCUGGAACAGCUCCAGAGAGAGGAGCAGCAACAGCAGACCCCGUCCUCCCUGCCCCCCACCUCCAGCAUGUCUUUCUCUCCAAAUAGUGACAUCACCACCUCCAACAGCUGGAUGGUCAGCUGGGCUAGCAACAGUAUGGUGGCACCCAGUGGGCAAAACUCUGGCACAGCCAACACCACCACAACAAGCUCUUGUACCAACCAGAACCCUGAUUUGAGAAGGCCGAGAUCAGAGCCCUCCAGCUACUACAGCAACGAGUGCCAGCGAGAUCUUCCCCUCGCCAAAAAACACAAGCCCAACCCCGAGAUCAUGCAAGCACAGCUGGAUAAACCUGCGAUGGCUCCUUUGGGCGUGGAACAGCAUACACAUAAACUGUCCAACAGCCCCAAGACUCUUCCCUCUAGUCCUGACAAGAGCCCCACUGGGGAGGGUCUGGGGGCGGGGGGCGUCCCGCAAGCAAAGAUGGGCUCUUUCCGUGGAGGGCACUUUCCUAGGGCCACUAGAGAGGCGCUGAGGAAGGGCAGCAGUGGCGGCCUCGGGAAGGAGAAGCUGGCCAACCGACUCCGACAGCGUGGAGAAUCCCUCGGCAUGCUGGGAAUGGUGGACACGGAGAUGCUCUCCUAUAAGGAGGAUCUGGAGAAUCAGGACUGCCUCUCACACAUGGAGGACCUUCAGGCAAACAUGAUGAGUCUGGCAGAGCACAUCAUCGAGGCCACUCCGGAGUGCAUCAAACGGGAACAUUUCCCAGCGGUGAAGUCCGUUCCUCUGGACAACAGUGGGCUCACCAACACCAUGAGCUGGCUGGCCAGUUACCUGGGAGACGUGGAACAUCUGCCCAGCAUCAACCUCUUGAGCCCCAUAUACAGCGAACCCCUGACCCCAUCCUCCAACCCAAGCCUGAGCCCGGGUAACUCGCCCAUGAGCGAGGGCCAGUUCGAAAAGCCCACUUUGCCCGCUCCGGCCGAGUGGAGUGAGUUUCUCCGAGCUUCCAACAGCAAAGUGGAGAGAGAGCUGGCCCAGCUCACCCUGUCCGACCCAGAGCAGAGGGAACUCUACGAGGCCGCACGGCUGGUGCAGACCGCUUUCCGCAAGUACAAGGGACGCCCACUGCGCGAGCAACAGGAAGUAGCCACCGCUGUCAUUCAGCGCUGUUACAGGAAGUACAAGCAGCUAACAUGGAUAGCCUUGAAGUAUGCACUUUAUAAAAAGAUGACGCAGGCCGCCAUCCUUAUCCAGAGCAAGUUCCGCAGCUACCACGAACAGAAGAAGUUUCAACAGAGCCGGCGGGCGGCCGUGCUGAUCCAGCAAUGCUACCGCAGCUACAGAGAGUUCGGCAGACUGCGGCCCCACCGCAGAACAGUCACCAGCGCGCUGGUCCAACACAAACUCAGAAGCAGUUUGCUCACCAAGAGGCAAGACCAGGCCGCCCGCAAGAUCAUGAGGUUUCUCAGACGUUGCCGUCACAGCCCCUUGAUGGACCAUAGACUAUUCAAGCGGAGUGAAAGAGUUGAGAACGGCCAGGGAACAUGAGAGCGUCCAGAAGAGCCCCCUCACAAUGUGACAUUACUCUCCAGACUCUUCGGUUCACCUUUUCUGUUUCAACGAGAGACGUUUUACAAAAGGAAAAAAUAACAGCAAGAACACUGUAACUUACUACCGUAUGACUGAUACUACUGCUACUAAACUACCGCAUUUAUUUCAUAUCUCUUUAUUCCUUCGACGUUUCAUUUAUGAAGGAAGGAGCCAACCGCCGGGGAUAAAACAAACUUUAAGGAUGCCGUUUUUCGGAGGAGUAACAUUUGCUUCGUGGCAUUUUUUGCACUUUUUAAUGGAUUGAUUUGUCAUUUUUGAGGAGCGUUAUUUAAGUGUUUCGUUUGAAGGAAGGAUGGAUGACGCCUUGCUCUUCAGUGGCUCGCGGAUGAAAGGUGGAGAAAGAUAGAACGAUGGUGACAAAAUAUGGAGUCGACACAGAAACAUGGCCGGGCCUGUUUUUUCGAAGAAAAAAUGACUUUGUUUAGUGGGACAAAUUGUUACCAAAAAUGGCGAAUAGUUUAUGGGUGCAUUUUUUGUACAUUCGUUAUUCAACAUCUAGAAAAUGUAUUAGAAACCUCUUCCGGUCUGUGGUCGCCCAUCUUCUUUUAGCCACAUUAGGAGUGGGCAAGUGAUGAAUGUAAGAGAGAAAUGAGGAGGAUUGGGUGAUUUUAUUUUGAUAAUAGGCAAAGAAGAAUGAUAAACAAGGUAAAAUUGAACUAUUUUGAAAUUGAUGACCGAAGUUUAUUCUUUGAUCGACAACCAGCUUAAUUUGUGUUGCUAAGCAAAGCCCAAUGAAAUCACAGAGAGGUAAAUCUUUGGCUCCAGAGAGAUCUUGUCUUAUGCAUGCUCGAAAGUAGGCAAAUGCCUUUUUAUUUGAUUUGUUUAAGCUCUGUGAAUGUACUGGAGACUCCAAAAGUCCAGAAAUAACUAUAAUAUACCAUUUGUUUUGGGUUUAGUAUCCCUUCUAUACAGUUUAUGCUGUCUGGCUUCAUCUUGUAAUGAAGCUUUUGUUUUUUAAUGCGGUUUAAUGAAAAGUUACAAACAUUACCUGAUAUAUUUGACAAACAUCGAAGGGUCUCCACACCCAUAUUUUUGACAAUUGAGCGGUUUCCUGUAUAUAAAGAGGGUUGCUGGUACGUAAAGUAAAACAUUUAUCAAAGUGGGAUUGUAUUUUAGAAAUAUAUUAUUUUACUCAUUGAUAGGGAUCAAACAGAUUAGCAUCGAAAAUCUGAAUAUUUGUAUAGUUUUGUUUGAAUGCCUAUGAAGUAUGGUUGUAUCGUUUGUACAUAGUGUAAAUACCUGGGAUAAAGUCAAGCUACUGUAUGUGCAUGACAAAAACGAACAAAGAUACAAAAAAGACGAAAAGCAUUAGUGGCUAUGCUCUGUAAAACUAUUUCACUAUAAGAGUAUUUUAUUUUCCUUUGAAUGUUCUUGAGAAGAACAUUUUGCUGAAGCAUGACUUUCCUGCAGUUAUGAAAAAUAUUGUAUUUAUGAGGUAGGAGAAAAGGCAAACUGAUCAUUAGACGAAAAGGUUAUGUUUACAUCUGUUUGUUUGUUUUUUGGGGCUACCAAGAAUCUUUUUGCCAACGGUGCCAAGUAAUGUGAAUGCUACUGCUUAACAGAGGAUGUGAGUUCAUUACUGCUGAUCAGAUAUUCACACAUUCAACCAGUGACGGUCUCGGAUGAUGGUUUAUUUCAAAAAGGAUCUUAAAGGUUAUCACAUAUCCCAUUUAGUUGGUUUGUUUCGUGUUUCAUUUGUGUUUCAAACUACAAUUGUUUUUUUGGUGGACCUCACAGCGGCAUGAUGCAGCAUUAAAGGGACAGUUCACCCAAAAAUGAAAAUUCUGUUAUCAUUUACUCACCCUCGAGUAGUUCAAAAUCUGAAUACAUUUAUUUGUUCUGAUAAACAUGGAGAAACAUACUUGGAAAAAUACUUAUAACCAAACGGAUCCCAACCCCCUUUGACUACCAUAGUAGGAAAAAUGAAAAUGGUGGUCAAAAGUGCCCAAGAGCUGUUUGCUGUCCCAAAACCAGUUCAACACAACAACAUCAAAAAUGUCUUUCUCUUUGUUCAUCAGAACAAAGAAAUGUACACACAUUUUGAGCAACUCGAAGGUGAGCAAAUUAUGACAGAAUCUUCGUUUUUGGGUGAACCGUCCCUUUAAGUAUUUUGUUAAUUGUCGAUCAGUAAUGACGGAUCAUGUUUCAAGUAGAAGCUGCAACAAAUGUGUCAAUGAAAUCUUUCGAAACGCACACCGAUUAAAAGGCAAGAAAAGAGCGUUCCUGUUAUGCAUGUUAAACAGGGUUCUUUUGGUGCUAAAACGUUGCCGUCAAGGAGCUGAUAGGCCUCCAAAGAUCUAUAAAUGUUACAGUUAUGUCACCUUGAAAAGGAUCACUGAUAAAGGCAGCAAAUAUCUGAAUGGAUGAUGCACAAAAUAUGUACAUUUCAGUUCCCUCAUGUUUGUCAUCUUUUCUAUUUGCUUCUUUGUUAAUCUGUCGAUCUUUAAAUUCUUACGUUGGAAGUGCCUGAUCAUAGCGAGCAGUAUUCCGCAUGUACGGUUUAUAAGGGAAUUACUGGCAUUAGCAAGAAAUGAAUUGUCGAUUUGAAUUUUCCACAUUUCGUUACGUAACUCUCUGAUUCCUUCCUCAACACUUUCUCCGUGUGUUUCAUGUUAUUGCGUCAUGGGCUUAUGGGUUUGUCAUAACUCUCGUCCUCUACUGGAACUGCCAGAUAAACCGAGGGCUGCGGAUUUCAGUCCUGCGGUUCUUGCCUUGCAUUCACCAUUCCGAUAACAGCAUAGGUUGUCAGCUAAUGCACUGCGGUGGCAACUCGAGUCUUAUAACGCUUGCAUGGGUAACAUAGAUAACCGGGUGGCUUUAAAGCACCCAAAGCAUGCUUAUUUUUGUAGAUUUGGUAGUCGGGUAGAAGAAAUGCUGUUCUGUAAAGCAGCUGGUUUCAUGGGUUACAGAACUUCGAAAGAUGGAGGGCUUCUAACGGACAAGCAGUCAAAUUACUCAUAUUAAUAGGUCAGCGAGAAUCUUUCUUUCGAAUAGGCUUCGGUUUCCUGUUUCGUUUCGAAUCGCUUUCACAGGAACAGGUCAAGAAACACGUACCUCAUACAAAAACACACGACAGAACUGUGUCCAUACGUCGAAGUAUCCGUGGCACUAGUGCAGUUGAAACCUCCGGUGUGAAUCUGACAAGUUCACUUUUGUAUCUUAACUCAGGUGCCAAAUAGGAGGGAAGUAGAGCGGGUCGCUUGAGAUUUAGCUGCUGCUUAUUGGGAGACGAGCCAGACCAUUCUGAUCAAAUUACUGUGAUUCUGUCAUGCUGUUUCGUUUUUUAUCAACUAUGUGAGCUGAGUUGGCAUACCUAAGGAAAUCCCAUUGUCCCUGAAACUCAUUGGUCAGAAGAGCGUCGCAAGAACGUGGGAGCCCAUUUAAAGGGAACAGGUCUUUACGAAUGUGUAAAUAAGCAUGGAUGUAUCAUACGAUGCAUAACCCAUACAGCUUCUCCAGAUCAUAUAGUCACUGUAUAAACACACUGACGUGGAUAUGCUGCAUCACAAUAUCAAAACAACGACAUCAUCACAACACUUACUAUAGCCAUAGAUAAACUAGAACUUUAAAAAAUAAAGACAGCUGUAGUUGGUACUGUUACGUCUGAAAAUAUAACCUCAUCCGGUUGCAUACGGGUUCAAGUCUCGAAUGCUUUAAGGGUAUCACAGCUCAGCCCACAGAAGAUACCUCAACGCUUUCGUUUUUCUGUAACAUCACAAACUACUGCCUUUUGGAAAACAAGGCCCUUGAAAUUAUCCCGCUAGUUUUAACAGACACGGACACACAGCAAUAAGCAAUCCUGAAGCGGAGACCUGUAGACCUAACAGGGAUGGUGAGGUAUUGGACACACGUAGCUGACUCUUAUGCAAAUGCCAGUAUUGUGAGAUUAGAAUGCAGUAGUUUAAGGACAGCGCUUAUACGACACCCUUCACGGAGCUGCACGUUUUCAUCCCUUUCAGAAUCCUGAAAAUAGUGGCCCUGACUUUAUUACAAGCUACACAUGGGGCGCUCUACACUUUGCAUGUUAUACUAGUGUUAGAUCUUUCCUCUCCUCUAGCUGUCUUUCUCUCUGUCUUUAUCGAUUAUGUAGCCCUCUCCCUUCCUAAAACCCCCCGUUGAGUUUGACGACUUUUUCUCUUUUUUUUCUGUCUUCGUUUUCUUCCUCCCCGGUUUGAACGGUUUAUUUUUGUAAUUGUGCAUGUUAAAGAGUCACUGAAUUGAUGGAUGUUUAAAAAGUGAAUUCAGCUGCUGAAGCCAUGCAAAAUGUUUUGAAUUGCCCUUAAAAUAUGAAAGAUGUUUUCUGAAUGCUUUAUAUUCUCUCUGCUGUAAAAUAAUAAAAGGGGAAAACUUA